CACUUCCUAUAUCCGUUGAAGGAAAACCAUAAACAAACCCCAGGCAGUGUCACGUGCAAGGAUCUGACGCGAGGGGAUGAGAGAUAUACGUUCUCACCGUCUCAUUGGCGCAACUUGCCUGACGACUGGUUCGUCAGAGAGAACUCGAGUCUUUGACCCUGAUCGCCAGACCCGUCAUGCCUGUGCCCGUCUUAGCCAAGUGGAGCGAGUCAGCUCUUAUAUAAGACGCUGUCACGUUGUCAGCCACUACAGAAGUCUGUACGAAGAACACUUGGACGUCCUCACGCAUCAUGGCUUCCCCGAAACUGCAGACAAGUCCUACCCGGCUCUUCGUGGGCGACACCACGUACGGCCUGGCACUCGUUCUCGUCCUGCUCCUCGUCUUCAUGAACAAGAAGAGUCGUCGGACGGGGACGUUCCCGCCAGGGCCGCCCGCCUGGCCGCUGCUCGGGCACCUGCCGCUGCUGGGCCGCCGGCCGCACGUGAAGUUCUCGGAGUGGAGCCGGGAGUACGGGCCGGUGCUGGGGGUGAAGUUCGGGCCGCAACAGGUGGUCGUGCUGAACGGGUACGCCGCGGUGAGGGAGGCGCUGGUGACCAAGGCUGAGGUCUUCUCCUCCCGACCAGACCUGUACCUCAUGCGCCUCUUCAGCAACGGGAAAGGGAUCGGUCUGGCACCUUACUGCGCCAAGUGGAAGGCCCAGCGCAAAGUCACGGACCGCGCUCUGAGGAAUCUGGGCGUCGGCAAACUCAGCUUCGAGCCGAAGAUCAUGGAAGAGGUGGAGGACUUCGUGUCGGCUGCGGAGGGGUACGACGGAGCGGCCUUCAACCCCAAGUACCACAUCGCCGUGGGCGUCCUCAACAUCAUCUGCCACCUGGUGUUCGGCCGGCGCUUCCAGCACGACGACCCGCUCUUCGUGAAGCUGUACAACGCGCUGGAGGACAUCUCCCGCCAUGGCGGGUCUGCUCAGCACCUCAACAUCUUCCCGGCCUUACGCCACGUGCCCGGGCUGAACGCAGGCGCAAUGCACACCAUGCGCGCGGUCCGGGAGGGCCGAGACUUUGUCCGCGAGAUGAUUGGUCAGCACAGGGCGACCUAUGACCCCGAGAACAUCCGGGACUACAUCGAUGCCUACCUGCACCAGCUGCAGAAAGAGAGAGAAGACGGAGAGAAGAGCGUCACCUACCUCUCCGACGAGGAACUUGAGCAGAACGUCUUCGACCUCUUCAUCGCCGGGAGCGAGUCCACGGCCACGACCCUCCAAUGGGCGACGCUCCUCCUCAUGGUUAACCCGGAAGUACAAGAGAAAGUUCAACAGGAACUCGACGACGUGCUGGGAGACCGUCAGACGUCCGUGCUGGACCGGGCGUCGCUGCCCUACACCCAGGCCACCAUCCAGGAGAUCCUCCGGUUCCGCCCGUCCGCGACCUUCGGGCUGCCGCACGCCACCACCGCCGACACCACGCUGCAGGGCUACGACGUCCCCGCGGGCACGCAGGUCCUGGUUAACGUGUGGGGCAUGGGCAUGGACCCGGCGCUCUGGCGGCGCCCAGGCACCUUCGACCCCACCAGGUUCCUGGACACGGAGGGGAAACUGUCGGUCCCGGAGUACUUCAAGCCCUUCCUAGUCGGUCGCCGAGCGUGCAUCGGUUCCCAGCUGGCGAAGAUGCAGCUCCUCCUGUACAUCACCACCAUCCUGCAGCGCUUCAGCCUGCGGGUCCCCGAGGGCGCGACGCCGCCGAGCCUGGACGGGAACCUCGGCGUCAUCCUGCAGUGCCCCUCCUUCCGCAUGUGCGCCGUGCCCCGGUAAUGCUUCCCUUCCCGGCAUCCCUUUUAGACCGCGCACGCGUACACAGUCAGGAUAUAUUUCAGCCGCAGACCGUUGGGUCGUAAAACUGUUAAACGCAGGAACAUUUCUUGUGAAAACUACGGUUUUCAUCUGUUGUUGUAUUGUGUAUACCUUGGACUUCUACCACUACUACGUCUACCUCCUUUAAUACCCACGGCACGAAAAUUGAUAUUUAAGCACACUUAAACCUAACGUAAAGGUUACGUUUAUGGACAAGAGUGCACAACGUCACCUUUGCGUUAGGUUUUAGCGUUGCUUAAAUAUCAGUUUUCGUGCAGUGACCGAAACUGUCAAACAGACCUUGGGUAGAUAACCCAAACAGCACCAGGUUAUUUCCUCAAGUCACUGUUCACUUUUUUUACCUCCAUUCUUUCACUUUCUUCUCAAAGUAGAACUUUGAUGUAUGGACACCAUUUUACAUGUAUAUAUUCUAGAAAUGUUGUAUAACUUAUUGAAUUAUGAAAUAUGUAUGCAUAUAUAGUCUUUAAUCAUCGUUCGUUAUAUUUCAUUUGAGACAAGGAUAUUCAUAUCCGGUGAUAAUGCCUCUACGAGGUAAACGAUUACUACACUUUUGGUGGUGACGUUAAAUUGCCCAAAAUAGUUUUUGGAGCGAAAGCCUAAUUUCCAAGCAGAUCCUACGGUCGUAUAAGAUAGUAUCAGGAGCUGACAAAGGAGUAUAGCCGACCUAGGAUUGGCAAUUGAAGGUCCUUUGCCAGCUUUUGAUACUAUCUUAUGCUACCGUAAGAUCUGCAUGGAGAUUUCGAAAGCUUUUUUAACGCUUUUGCUGCAUGUACUAACUCGUUUGUUGCCAACAGUGUAUCUCGUGUAUUUCAAAAGAAAUGUCUAUAUUUCUGUAUUAUAUGAACUAAAGUAUGUAUGUAUGUCUGUAAUUAUUUGUAUUUAUUAGAAAUACAUUUGUAUGGUGACAGAUUAUUCUGGACUAAAAACUACAGAGGACCUCUGAAAACUAUCUUAUAUUCCUCAAUUGGGCGGGAUAGGUAUGCAUCCUCAGCAGUGGUGGUGCAAUGGAUAUACACACUGACUAGAACAUGAUUAAACUGGUGGAUUUCUCAGCGAAUUCAAUCC